AAGUCAUCGUCCGUUCUUCUUUUGCGCGUCACUCCGAUUUCAACCCCUAUCUUCUCCGCGCAAUCAUCACUAUAUAACGAAAUACUUAGGGAUUUUCUUCGGCAACUGUUUCGAACAGAGCGCCCCGGUCCUAUAUAGCGCGAUUUCGUCUCCAUCCGACGUCCCCUGUGGCCACCUGAAGGCUUUUCUUUUCCUUCAGCAGCCGCCCUUUUUAGACAGUAUACGCUGCUUUCACUGCGCUUUUCAAUAAAGCACAACUUUAUUGGACCCUUUUGCACCACAUCUGAGGGUUAGCGCUUCUUUCCAGGGCUCGCACAACCCGGUCCCGCACACCCCAGGCCGAACUCCACUACACCUUACAAUUCACUAUGGCGGACGAUCUCGAUGCAGAACUUCUGGCGCUGGCGGGUGACUCUUCAGAUGAGGAGUCUUCCCCGCCCACCAGAGAGAAGGCCGCCUCCCCUGAUCGUUCCUCUUCACCAUCACAAUCACCGGCCGCAUCGUCCACCAUGGGUCGCAGAGGCACCGCCAAACCUGUCCGACGAGGACGAAAGUCGCGUCGUCAUGAUGAUGAGGAUGGUGAACUAUCAGCGGCCGAAUCCCUCGACUCAGCCAGCAUGUCGGAAUCAGACUCAGCAUCCGACUCAGAGGGCUCUGCUGAUAUAGGCGAAGACGAUGGCCCGAUGUUCCCUUACGAGAAGCUUUACUACUCCGCAAAGGACAAGGAGGAAAUCAUGGCGAUGCCUGAGAUUCAGCGAGAGCAGAUCUUGUCUGAACGAGCGCAGGAGGUUGACCGGCACAAUCAGGACCUUGCCCUCCGGCGUCUGCUGGCUUCUCGAGAACGGGAGGAAGCCCGCAAGGCCAAGAAGAACAAGCGCAAGGCUAGCGCAGCGAACUUAGAUGAGGGCAACCGCAAGAGCUCGCGACAGAAGACGACGCUAGGUGGUCGUAAGGUGGGGGAGACGUCAGAGGCGAUCGAGGCUUAUAAGCGACAGCGCGAGCAGAAAGGCAAACGGGACGAGCUCCGCCGUCGGGACCCUGCAGCUAAGGACCAGAAGGCCCGCUCCCGGGAUGAUAGGCUCUCGGAUGAGGACGCCGAAGGCGAGAGUGAGGUAGAAUGGGACGAUCGGGAACGAUCUCCCUCGCCGCCCAAGGAUGAUCCUCCAGCAGAACUUCGCGAUGUCCAGCGGACACGCGUUGGCCGGAGUAAUUUCGCUCAGGUCUGCUUUUACCCCGGAUUUGAGGAGGCGAUUUCUGGUUGCUAUGCUCGAGUGAACGUCGGCCCCAACCGCGAUACUGGUCUCAAUCAGUAUCGUCUGUGUUUGAUUAAGAAAAUCGUCGAGGAAGGGCCUAUGUACGCGAUGGAGGGACCGAACGGCCGCUCAUUCGCCACGAAUCAGUAUGCCGUGCUAGCACAUGGCAAGGCCGAGAAAAACUUUCCCUUUAUCGCCUGCUCGGACUCCCCUUUCACUGAGGCCGAGUUCAAUCGCUAUCGUCAGACCAUGGCUAUCGAAGAUUGCAAGAUGGCCACGAAAUCCCAGGUGGCCAGCAAAGUUGCCGAUAUCAAUCGUUUACUGAACCACAAAUUCACGAACGAAGAAUUGAACGAAAAGCUGCGCAAGCAAGGAUCACUGGAUACGAAGUCGCAGUUCUUCAAACGUGUCGACAUCGAGAAACAACUCAAGCUUGCCAAAGCAGCUGGUGACGAUGCCGAGGCCGAGAGGCUGCAGAAUGAACUAAACAGCAUGGCCGCACCUAAGGUCGCCCACGGCACCAGUUUGUCCAGGCCGCGAACCGACAAGCCCUCCGAGCAUGAACGCUUGGCCGAGUUAAACCUGCGCAACCAGAAGCUGAACUACGAGAAUGUCCGCCGCGCCCAGCUCGAAGAGCGCAAGGCAAGCCGCAAAGCCGCCGCAGCGGUGGCCCGAGGCGAAGCCACCAUCAACCCCUUCAUGCGAGUCCGCACCCACGCCAGAACCCACUACGAUGUCAACGGCAAUAACAUCGCGUCGCCCAAGCCCGGGGAGAGCGCCAGCCAAGACACCUCAGCUUCAGGCACGCCCUCCAAGGCCAGCACGCCCACCACUAGCACGACACUUGCAGCUAGCCAGAAGAAACCUGUGAAGAGCGGUGCGAUCCGUCAUCGCAACAUGGACGACGAGAACAUCGCCGCUCUAGAUAUUGAGUUGGAUAUUGAGAUCUAGUCUCUUUGCUAAUCUCAAAUAUCGUGGCUACCACCAACUAUUUCCAUCUCAGGAAGCUUGCAGCUCUAAACCAAACCAGCUCCUGACAGAUGAACGAUUGCCACACACUAUAUUGGAGGAAAUCUGAGGGUACAUCUUGGGACUUGAAUGCAUUCGAAAGCAUAUGCUAUAGCGGCUGUUUUAUCAUUUGAUUGUAAAAAUCUUUUUUCUUUCUUUCCUUCUUCUUUUUCUUUUCUGGUGGUGUUCACUGGCGUCCAACAAGAGAAAUCCACGGCGCGCUGUAUUUUUAAGGACCCUUGCAAAUAAACAAUUACUCAUUAUCAAUACAUUCUGUUC